UAUACCAUCGUUUCAGAAAUUAAAAUUAAAAGAAAUCAAAAUAUUGAUAGAAAUUUUGUGGCAGAAAUUUGUAACCACGGAUUGGCACAGAGGUUUUAUAAAAUAUUACACAAAUAAAUAAAAACGGUCAAAAUUCUAUAAAGAUUGGUUCAUAUUUUGAUGAUAUUUGGUACAAUGAUCGUACAUCUUGAAAGAUUUAUUUUACCACUCCGCAAACUGGCUAAACUUGGAAAGAUACCAAAACAAUUUGUUAGAUACGAUUCUUCGCAGCCCUCAUCCGGAAUCUUAGAACACCUAAAAAGUAAAAGUUUGCUACGGGUUAGAGGGAAUGAAGCUUCGAUAUUCUUGCAAGGAUUGAUUACUAAUGAUAUGAAGCAUUUUGAAGAUGGAGCAGCAAAUUUAUAUGCAUUAUUUUUAAAUAUCAAGGGUAGGGUUAUGUAUGAUGUUAUUAUUUAUAAAAGUCAAGAAGAUGAUGUAUAUUAUAUCGAAUGUGAUUCGCAAGCUGCAGAUUCAUUGCAAAGACAUCUAAAGAUGUAUCGUGUUAGAAGAAAAAUAGAUAUAGAUCAUUUAGGAGAUAGUAUAAAUGUUUGGGUUUAUUUUGACCCUACUCAACACAUGAAUGAUAAACAUAGCAAUAGUAAUAGACAGAAGCUUGAAGGUUUAAUAUUUCCAUGUGGCACUCUUAGUAACAAAGUAAGCAAAGUUGUUGAUAAUAUUAUGAUAUACGAGGAUCCCAGACUUUCUGAUUUAGGUAUCAGAAUUUUAGCGGCAUCAGAAAUUGAGAGGCAUGAAAUAAUAAAGCAUUUAAACUCAGAUACAUUGAAUUCUAUCAAUAAUUUCAGUUAUAAAGCAUUUCGUUAUAAACUUGGUGUUCCUGAGGGUAUUGAAGACUUACCACCGGGAAAGCCUUUACCAUUGGAAGUAAACUGUGAUUAUUUGCAUGGUGUGAGUUUUCAUAAAGGUUGUUACAUUGGUCAGGAACUUACAGCACGUACUUACCAUACUGGUGUUGUAAGAAAACGUUUAAUGCCUUUAUUAUUUAAUGAAGUUCCUAAUCAAUCUCUUUCAUACGACGAAAAAAUUAUCAACGAGUCUGGCAAUGUCAUAGGUAAAUUUAGGGGAAUUGAAAAUCAGUAUGGAUUAGGGCUAAUGCGAAUUAUUGAAUCUCUAAAUGCUCAAUCUCUUACCAUAUCUGAUAUUAAACUGAAGGUAUCGAAACCUACUUGGUGGCCGCAAGAAUCGCGUAUGCAAAAUGCUUCUGUAGAUAGAAAAGAAUGA